CUCGCCACUAGCUUGGUCUCAUUUAAAAUGGCUGCCUAGUGCUCAGAAGAAACGAGGUUAUUACAUGUCAACAUGUCACUUCUCAGAGUGUGUGCCUUUGCUAAAUGUCUGAAUCGUCGCAGUUUUUUUGGAAAGUGUGCUGUUCGCGUGUCUCUUGCGGACCGCUGUCAGCUGUGUGCGUCGAUAAGAGGCGGCGCAGUCAGACGUAUAUCAGAGACCCCAUUGCUGUGUCAAAGAAGAAAUGUUUCAUUUGUAAUCCCAAAGAGAGAAGAGGCAAAGAAACGUGUACUGGAACAGUCUCAGUUGUUAGACGUGCUUGAGGCCAGGAUCCAGCAACUCCAAUCCGACAUCUUUUUAGAUGUCCAGCAUGCAAAGGUGCAAUUUGUUAAAACCCCCUCUUCUGGAAGAGGGGUUUUACCUGGUAAGAGUCCCAAAAGCACACCUAAGGAGAAAAGUAGCAUUUCAAAAUCAGGACAGACUGUUGCUAAAGGAGCUUCUGAAUCUCAGCCCAGCCGCUGGAUGGAAAAAUUAACUCAGGAGAAGAACAACAAACUCACAAAACAGCAGCACCUCCAUCAGAAAAUACAGAAGAAUGUGAAGGAGAAACCUACAGCCAAAUCUAAAGAUAGCAAAAGCUGCUCAGUUCUCCCCGGUACAUCACAUAAAACUAUAUCUACCACAAAAAAACCCACUGUGCCCUUGAUAAAGAACCGAAAAGGUCGCAUGAAAUUGUCCGAUGAGAUUCGUGCUGCUGUUUCUUCACCAGUUGCCUCCACUGCUGCUGCAGCAGCAGGAACAGCAGAUAUGGCGCAUAAAGUAUCCAAAGGGAAACAGAAGGGCUCUAAAAAUCAGGUUCCCGGUAAAGAGGGCCAGAAGCAGACUGUUGCAGAUCCCCAGGGCAGGGCUAAAGAGCUGGCUGAGGUGGAGGAGCUGGAGAGGAGGCUCUGUCAACAAGUAAGCCAGUGGACAUCUUCAAGUAACCCAGAGCGCCUACAGGAGUACAGUGAGGGAGCUGCAUGUGGGGACAUCCAGCUGAGCAUCCGCUCUUACCUGGAGGCGUGUGUGUUUGCUGGGGACAUUGAGAGGGCGCACCGUUUCCUGCUCAGCCAGCACAGAGUUAUGAGUCGACGUAAACAUCUGAACACAGGCGUCUACAACAUAAUAAUGAGGGUGUGGGCCAAGAAGGGAACAUUAAAUCAAAUUGGCCGCAUGUUUAUUCUGUUAGAAGAGGCUGGUCUGAAGCCAAAUCUGGGAUCCUACUGUACUGCCCUAGAGUGUAUGGGCCGCAAUCCCAACUGCUCCCCAAAGGUCAUCACAAGGUGCCUAAGCCAGAUGGAGGAGGAUGGCCUGUCUGUGGACGACCUGUUCAGCCAGUGUGUGUUCCGGCAAGAUGAGAGGGACAUGGUGCUAAAGGCCGUGCACAUUGUCCAGCCCGACUACCAGCCCAUCCUCAACACAAACACAAACCAGUGCUCCUCAUCGCUGGUUAAGGACUUCUACACACAGAGGUCAGACCACCAGUACCCCAAACUGGACUUCACUCAGGAGAAGCUUCAGGAGCGUUUCAAACAUCAGCUCAGCAUUGAACAGGCCUGCACUAUCACCAUCGACUCUGUGGAGGCUGCCAAGCCCGUCACUGAAAACAUGGCCAAAAUGAGGGAGCUGCUGGCGGAUCAGCGGGCACAGUGGCAGAAGAUCCUCCUCCAGGCCCUGAGGGAAAGUAAGAUGAUCCUGGCUAACACCAACACCAAGGACUACAGGCUUAACCUUUAUCCCUACCUCUGUGUGCUGGAGGAUAGGGAGUAUGUUGACAUCAUGAUACAGAGUGUUGCCAGCCUGCCUCCCAGUGGAGAGUCACUGAAGAUUUUAGCCAGUGAUCUGGGCAACAGGGUCUACACAAAGUACUCUGUGCGGCAGAAGCACCAGAAUCAGAUGGUGGAAAAGUUGGGCAACAUUUACAACGGUUACACAGACCUGCUGGCCAAAGAUACAAAGGAGUAUGACAUCCUUCCCAGGGAGCAGUGGUGUAAGCUGGAGACGGACCAGAGUUCGGGGCCCACGCUGCAGGGAGGAGAGACCCACUGGCCAUACAUAGUAACCCUGGAGCUGGGCACCUACAUGGUGGAUAUGAUGGUCAAGAACCUCAAAAUUAACAGCGACAUCCUGAACCCGGCUUUCGACCGGAAGCUCAUCCCCAUCCUCUAUCACAUGUACACCUUUCGUAGCACACGACAGGUCGGCUUCAUCAAACCCCACCCCAUCCUGACUCAGAUGCAGCAGGAGGCCAUGGAGACCAAGUUGACCUUUGACUCCUAUGUGAUGCCAAUGCUGUGCCCUCCUGUGCCCUGGACGUCUGUCAAGUUUGGAGCCUACCUGUUGACACCGACCAAGCUGAUGCGCACAGUGGAAGGGGCCACACAACACGAGGUGUUGUUGGAGAAAUGCCAGGACCUCCAUGCUGUCCUGGACUCUCUCAACCAGCUGGGCAACUGUGCCUGGAGAAUCAACAAACCCUUGUUGGAUAUUAUUAUCUCUAUCUUCAAUGAUCGGGGUAGUGAUAAGCUAGACAUCCCUCCUCCUCUGUCAGAGGCCCCCAAAAUACCCCACUUCAACGCCCAAGAUCCCACUUAUACCGCUUCUGAGAAAGCCCACAUGAAGAGGGAGGUGAUUAAUGCCAAAAAGAAAUGCAGUGAGAUGCACAGCCUGCGUAUGGACGCUCUGUAUAAACUCUCCAUCGCCAACCACAUGCGGGAUGAGAUCUUCUGGUUCCCUCACAACAUGGACUUCCGGGGACGUACCUACCCCUGUCCUCCGUACUUUAAUCACCUAGGAAGUGAUGUCACACGGGCUGUGCUUGUGUUUGCCGAGGGGAAGCCCCUCGGUCUGAAGGGACUGGACUGGCUAAAGAUCCACUUAGUCAAUCUGACAGGACUGAAGAAGAGGAGCUCACUAGACGGACGGCUGGAGUACGCCAACACUAUCAUGGAGGACGUACUGGACUCUGCGGACAACCCUCUCAAUGGUAAGAAGUGGUGGAUGAAUGCAGAUGAGCCUUGGCAGGCUCUGUCCUGCUGCAUGGAGCUAGCCAACGCUGUGAGAUCUCCCGAUCCAACGCAGUUCAUCUCUCACUUUCCUGUUCACCAGGACGGCUCCUGUAAUGGUCUCCAGCACUACGCUGCUCUAGGCAGAGAUGUGAUUGGUGCCACAUCAGUCAACCUCAUGCCCUGUGACGUUCCCCAGGAUGUGUACAGCGGAGUAGCACAGCAGGUGGAGGAGUUCCGAGUGCGGGAUGCAAAGAGCGGUUUGAAGAUUGCCCAGGUCCUGGAGGGCUUCAUCAGUAGGAAGGUGGUCAAACAGACCGUAAUGACGGUGGUGUACGGGGUCACGCGCUACGGGGGACGCCUCCAGAUAGAGAAAAGACUAAAGGAGAUUGAGGAGUUCCCCAAGGAACAUGUAUGGGAUGCAUCUCAUUACCUGGUGCGUAUGGUGUUCAGUGGCUUAAAGGAGAUGUUCACAGGGACCCGAGAGAUCCAGGAUUGGCUGACCGAGAGCGCCAGGCUCAUCUCCAAGUCUGGCCAUACUGUGGAGUGGGUGACACCCCUGGGUUUACCCAUCAUUCAGCCCUACCACCGCACACGCAACCAAGUGCUGAAGAGUACCAUGCAACAUAUCAACCUCCAGAUCAGCCAUGACACCAACGAGAGGCCAGACACAGUUAAACAGAAGAACGCCUUCCCGCCAAACUUCAUCCACUCUCUGGACUCCACACACAUGAUGCUGACUGCUCUCCACUGCUAUAGUGCCGGCCUGACGUUCGUCUCAGUUCACGACUGUUUCUGGACCCACGCCCUCACUGUGGACACCAUGAACAAGGUCUGUCGGGAACAGUUUGUCGCCCUGCACAGCCAGCCAAUCCUUCAAGAGCUGUCCAACUUCCUGCUGCUGAAAUACUGCACCGGGCUCCCGACUGAUGCCAAGAACAAGAAGUACCAGGAGUACAGGAGGCUGUUGCUGCUGCUGGCCAAAGUGCCCCAGACAGGUGAUUUUGAUCUCCAGCGGGUGAAAGAAUCCACUUAUUUCUUCAGCUGAGAGACUCAUGAGGGCGAUCCAGUGGAGGAAGAUGAGUGGAAUUGACAGAGUGCAGCAGGGAGGCUGCAGGCCCUUGGGUCCCGACUGGCUUUGUCUCCCUCAGACAUCAGGACAUUGAGCCAGCCGCGCCCUGCCUGCCUCCUGGUGUUCAGGCUGGCUAGAGCUGCUGGAGGCAUUAACACACAGUGAACCUGCCUGAUUAACUGACUAGUAGGCUGAUGAAACGGAGGGUGGGAUACUCAUCCAGGCGAAAUGAUGAGAGAAUCAGCACCAGAUGGGAAUGUUAAGACUUCAUUCAAUGAAAAGUACCGUGUGUGUGUGUGUGUGUGUGUGUGUGUGUGUGUGUGUGUGUGUGUGUGUGUGUGUGUGUGUGUGUGUGUGUGUGUGUGUGUGUGUGUGUGUGUGUGUCAGUCAGUCAGUCAGUCAUACUGACUUCAUCACUCAGGAACACUUCCACUGCUUCACCUACAAACUGUAAUUGCUAGUGAUUGGUGAGCGUGUGUGUGUGUGCAUUUUCAUGCUGUGAAGACCGCCACAGGGCGCUGACUUGCCUCUGUGACUAUCCCACCUAAUCAUCGAUCCCAUCACUUACUGGAUGACAGGAUUCUCUCUGGUACGAUAUUUAAACAUUUUCUGAAGAAGAGACGUUUGAGAGGAAAUGAAAGAUGUACAGAAAUGGGGGAUACAAGAAAGAGAAAUGUGAAGGCAUGAGCCAAGGAGAUCUUAGAUAGCAAUAUGUCCCAUUGUACUCUUGAAUCUUACCUCGGAGUGACUAAGCACUUGACAAUUGCACUGAAAUAAAUGUUUCUUAAAAUGUC